CGAUUUGUUUUUGAAGCAGAGUCGCACAGACGCACUGCUUUGUGCAUUUCAGCACCAGUGUUGUCUUAAUUGCUUAAGUGCUGUAGUUUGCUCUCUUGUUUUGCUGUCAGAAAGAUGUCUCUUCCUCGACAACUUCGAGAUGAAAGUGACUUUGAUCAGCUGCCCAAUGACAUUCCCAUCUCUGCUGCCAUUGCAGACAUCGAAGAGAGGACGGGAUUCUCUGCAUACUAUGAGUUUGUCAUUGAGGUGAAAACCAAAGGAGCGAGCAAGUACUUAAUAUACCGGCGCUACAGAAGAUUCUUCACCUUCAAUGAGAAACUGCAGGAGAGAUUCUCCUCUGAGAACCAGAGAGGACCCUAUACUUGUCUGCUCCCCCCUUUUCCAGGGAAGGUUUUCAUGGGGAAUAAGAAGGAGAUUGCUGAGAAGAGAAUCCCAGAGCUCAACUCGUACAUGAAGAAGCUCCUGUGCCUCCCCACCUGGGUCCUGCUGGAUGAUUUGAUCCGGAUGUUUUUCUACCAGGACGAGUCCGACAGCAAGCAGGUCCCGCGAGCCCUGCGCCGCUUGCGUCCCCCCACCCGCAAAGUCAAAACUACAAAAGUGAAACCAGAUCUUCUCUCAUCUCCUAGAGCUGAGGCGCUCUUCGAUUUCAACGGGACGGGGAAGCUGGAGCUGAGUUUUCGGGCUGGAGAUGUGAUCUUCCUGCUGCAGAGAGUGAAUGCAGACUGGCUGGAGGGCACUGUGAGGGAUGCCGUCGGGAUUUUCCCCCAGACCUUUGUGAAGGUGAUCAAGCAGCUGCCGGAGAAGGACUCAGACUCAGAGGAGAGUGAGGGAGGGAAACAGCUGAACUGCCUGCGCUGCUACUACUAUGACGCAGGGACCCCACAGAGCAGAGAUAUCUGUGUGGAAGAAGAGCUGUCGAUCCAGCCCUCCUACAACGACCUGCUGACUCGAAUGAGGGAGCUGUUUCACAAUGAAGACCUUGCUUUGAACUAUCGGGACCCGGAAGGGGACAUGAUUCGAAUUCUGGACGACCAGGAUGUAGAACUCAUGGUGUCGGAGUGCAAAAGUCAAAGUGCAGCAGACAGGCCGGCCAACCAGUUUCCAUGGGAACUCCACGUGACCCGAAUCGAUGACCUUUCCGUUUACAACACAGAGCCGUGAAGCAUUUAUCACAGCAAGUUUUGGAAACCAGACACAAUAUAGGACUUUUCUAUGACUCUACAUUGAGAUUAAAUGUAAUUCAUCAUUUUGUUUUUAACCAGAAAACUAAUGUUUUGUCCAGUGCCUUCUUUAGUGUAUUGAAGAAGCACCCUAGCCCAAAACAUGCAUCUGCUUGACUGAUUAUUUAAGUUGUGGAAUAUUUUUUUUCAUUUACUGCAAAAAGCUGCUGAUAAGUGCAAAAAUUAAGAAUUCUCACUAACACGUAUGUGAUUCCCCUAGUAAAAGCAUAGCAAAGUGUAUCAAGCACAGUGAAAGCAUGGUAAAGCACAGAGGUAUGGUAAAGCAUGUUAAAAACAAGCCAUGCUAAACUAACCCUUAUAAAAGUUUU